AUGGGCCACGAGGCCCGCGUAGCGAACAGUGUGGGAAUAUAUCACAUUGCUCAGCAAAGUUUGUUAACAGAGAUUAAGGCGCAGUCCGAAACAUGGUGUCGCUGCGCAGUUUUCGCAACGUUCGAAUUUGCCCAGGAAAUGGUGUGGGAGGGAGAGGAAAUCGCCAUCGACUCCUGCGAAGACGAGGCACAACAGUGCAAGAACUCCUGUGUCAAUCAGGUGAGUUCGGAUCGCCUUCAUCUUUCCUGGUUUCUUUUUCGACAAUAUUUUCCAGAAUCAGGUCUCUAUUUUCAUUCCACGGAUUUAACCAGCCUACUUUUUUUUAAGCUAAACGCAAUCAGUAACGGUGGAGACUUGUGGCAUAUGUGCGAAGACGGAGUGACCGUUGGACAGCAUGUCUGCGAUUCCUUGGUUGGUCUCUUCCAUCACUUCGUGCAAAAUCACUACGUUUAUGGCUACUACGAAAUCUGUGGCGGUGCCUGGCAAUACACUGGCCUUUCCUCAAAGCAAAUGCUCUGCUGCGAAGGUGGGCAGCACGUGCACUGCAUUUCAUAACUCUUAUGUUCCUUGGGGCGCUGACUGACGAAAAUAAACAGCCGUUUAUUUAACAGCAGUAUAAACACCAUCGAAAAAAUCCAUUCAAGUUCCCACACCUUUCAGAAGCAGAGUUUACUUUCUGUCAGCAGUUUCGAUUUCUUAUUUUGACUCUCUUGUUUCUCACAUUUGGCCCAUGUCACAGUCUUCAUGGCUGCCUUUUAAGCUGUGCAUAUAAUUGAAUGGCUUGCGUUCAUAAUGCUUUAAUUGUGGUUAAUCUAUGACUUGCCGUCAUUUAAAAAUAAAGAUUCUAGUCUGGUCGGUAUUUUUUUUUUUCAUUUGCAAAAUAUACAUAAGAAUUUUAACCGGCAAAAGUUGAAACUUUCAGUCGAAAUCAGGUAUAAACUCUAUAAAC